CAGGAGAAGCAAUUCCUGGAGAAGCCGGGCAUCCCCAUCCCGCCGCUGCCCCGAUUCCGGCUCACCCUGUGCUUGCGCUGGCUGGUGCUGGUCUCCCUGCUGCUAGGCCUUUUGCAAGCCUUGGGCCGCUGGAUGACUGAGCAGGCGAUGUAUGACAUCCACUCGGUGAAGAACCUCGACCUGGACAUCGACAACUGCAACGUGGAGUUGCAGCCCAUGCCUGCCUCCCUGAGCCACGGCGCUGUGACCAUCCAGUACUGGAAGUUCAUGCGCCAGAUCCACCAUGUGUCCCAACAUGACGGCACCAUGCACCUUCAGCUGGACAUGCGGGUGAAGAUCCCGAUGUUCAGGUGCUUGGUGUCCAUCUUCGCUCCGAGCCUCCACCUGGACCGCCUUACCGGCCACAUGGGGGGCAGCGAGCAGUGCAGUCUGCAGAUGGACGAGGCGAUUGCGAAAGACGUGAACCUCACGUCGCAGCAGGUGAUCAUCCGCGCCAGGGCCAUGCCCGAGAAGCUGUCCCUCCAAAGCUCGCUGGGCAUCGUGGCUGUAUGGCCGCGAUCGCUGCCUGACACCUGGGAGGCCAACAUCCAGGCGGACCAUGCCAACGUCUUGGUGGAGGUGCCGGGCACCUUCUCCCUGGACCUGGCGGGGCACGGGAAGAAAAACUCGGUGCUCUGCGCCGAUUCCAUCGAGGAGAACGGCGCCGACAAGUACCUUAUGCAGCACGGGAGCGGCGGGUCCAUGGGCAAGGUGCGCUUUGAAGCAGUCAAGGAAGCCGCGGGCUACAUCAAGGCCGGGGAUGACUGGGACACAGACCUGAAGGUCCUGCGUGGCAGUGCUCAUGAGGAGCCCUCUUUGUUCAACAAGUCCAUGGAGGAUCUCAACGAGCUUGCAGAUUGGAUCCACACGCGCACAGAGAGCAUGGCGCCGUGGGUGGCGAGGAUCCACCUCAACGGGCCCAACCUGCCCAAGGGCGCCUGGGAAAUGCUGUCCUCCGAGGCCUUCCUCACGGUGCCGCUGCAGUGGUACGUGCUGCUGUCCGGCGGGACGCUGCGGCCCAAGGUGCGAGAGGUGCAUCUGCAUCCCAUGGGCCUCAACGCCUGGCCCGCGGGGGAGCAGAACGCCACGAAGCUGCGCAAGGGCAAGGUGGACAAGAUUGUUAUGGACGAGUUCGAGAUGCUGAAGCCCUACAUCCUGAAGGCGGGGGCCCCUGGGGCCACCGUCGCCUGGGUGCCCCAUGAGGGCCGGCCCCUGGUCUUCAGCAAGACCACCAACAAGUGGUCUGCCUCGGAGCUCAGCUACGCCCAGGUGAACGUGAUGAUGCUCUUGAUCGCUGUGAGCUUCAACCUGGUAGUGUCGGUGUUGGUGGCCGGCUUCGUGAUCAUGUGGCUGCAGGCGAACGCCGACUUCCAGCAGGAGCUGAAAGAUGAGGCCGUGACCACGGCCUCCUCCCACCGAGUGGGCAAGCUUCAUGGAAAGACGAACAGCAGCUGGCGCAUCAUCGCGGCACACGUGGAGCAGCCGGACCAGGGUGUGAUCCUGCGCUGGCGCAAGCGCACGGGGGUGCAGAGCUCCGCCUUCCUUUGCGUGAAGGCGAAGGCGGACCCGGAUCCGGCACGGGGCCUGGAGGGGGACGAGAUUUGCAUCGACAUGGCCGUGCAAGAGCGCGUAGACCUGAAAUCCGAGAGCAACAUCAUCAUCGAGUUCUUCUUCUCGGCCUCGGGCAGUAAAGGCUAUCCCCCGGAGGGCGGCUACGAGCCCACGGGCAAGGAUCUCAAGUGCCAGUACAGCUACCGCUUCCAGGUGGAGGGCUACAACCAACACCAGGAGCUGGUGGCCGUGUCCGACUGGUCCAACGAGGUCUACAUCAAGCCAAGGAGCACCAUCUUCGACGUGCCCGCGCGGAUCCUGAAAGCCAACUUCGCGGUGCCCACCGACUCGCUGGAGUAUUUUGUGGAACACUUCGCCCAGUUCAACAUCGAUGGCAGACAUCCUCAGCACUUGGUGGUGCUCAGUGACAUCAAGGUGUGCUACCACAAGAAUUGGCGGGACUACAGGGACUGCAUGUCUGCCUUCUGCCUCACAGCCUACAUGGGCGAAAGCAGCGCCAAGUGUCAGAAGGAUACAGUUUCCGGCACCUGCAAGAACUACGACAAGACUGGCAUCUUCAUACCUCCCCCAGACAUAGUCAGCGGCGAGGUGGAGGAGGAUGAGGAUGCCCGCACCCAGGAGCUAAACGAAGUGGUGACUGGCGGGAACCAGUCGCUUUGCGUGGGCGCAGCCGACCGAAAGCUGUGCGAUGUCUUCGUCACGCUGCAGAAGGCCUCUGGAGAGGAUGUGGCCGAAGGGCAGUUGGAGUGGGACGACCUGCUGGACGCGUUCGACAAGUUCGAGUCCGAGGGGGAGAGUCAGACCAUCUUCGUCGAGCUGGCCACCGACAAGGCCGGAGAGGGGGAAUUCGACGAGGAGUGGCUCGUGUGGGUGGAGGCGCGUGUGACCUUCAAGAACGAGCUGGACCCCAAGUGCGAAGAGAUGCCCUUCCACAGGCGCGUCUUCCAGUUGGACGCCCCGGGCCAAAUCUUCUACGAGGGCAUGGAACGGUUCCUUCCCUGGGAGCCCACGAGCGAGACCCUUGCGGAGAUGAGCUUCUUUGACAUCUACAUGAUUUACCCGGAGCUCGAUUUGGAGCCGCUGCUGCUGGCGGAGCACGUGUCCAUCACCAACGGCGGGGUCUCGGUGAUGAUCAACUUCCCGGAGGGUGUCACCGGGAACCACGUGGUGUGCCAGUUGGCCAUUGAGGGCUUCAACGAGGAGGGCGAGCAAACCUACGCGCGAAGUUCCAUGGAGGAGGAACCCCUGGACGGGAAGUCCCACCGCUUUAUUGUGUGCCGCACCUGGACACUGGCGCACUUCGAGCUGAUGUACGCGUCCUUUUGCCGCAUGAACUGCAUGGAGAUGGAGCGUGUCACGGAGGAUGUCCUCAAGGACUAUGGCAUGGUGGUGGCGCGGGAGCAGCUGAAGGUGGUGUCGGGUUUGCGGAAAUCGCUGAUCUUCGAAGAGAUCGGGGAGCAGGAGGUCAUCGACUGCCCCGGCCUGAUCAUGGUCAGCGACAAGAACAUCGUGGCCAAGCCUUCCAUGGGACCUGACAUGGACUGGACGGCCGGCGCCUCUGAUGCCGGAGGCAGUGUGCUCCGGACCAUCUCCUCCGGCAAGACCCCGCUGCUGAGCUCAGCUAUGAGCACCUCCUCCCCCAAGGGCCGGGGCAGCGCGGGCCCCGUGAUCGAGCGCCGGGAAUACCGAUCCACCUUCCAAUCUGUGGGGUUUUUGGAGAACGCAUGGCCGCGGUACCCCCACUGCUUGGACAUGGCCUACGGCACUGGAUGGAUGCCCAGCUUUCUGCUCCUGAACUCCUUCUACCCAGUGGACAACAUCCUCAAUGCCAUCAAAGCAGGUGCGGACUGGUUCCAGCUCCCAGUGGCGUACCAGACCAUCCAAGCCAUCGGCGGCAGGACCUUCGCGGAAAAGCUGCUGCAGCUGCUGACGGCGCCCUUGUACGGCGUGGUGCCCUACCUCUGCGAGGCCUUCUUGUACCUGCUGCAGUUGUGCUCCUUUCUCAUGUUGCCCUUCCUUCUGCUCAUCUUCGGCAUGUGCUACGAGCUGGUGGGCAUGUACUUCGCCAUCAACCCCGAGGCUUACUCCUUCGAGACCCACACGGCGUCAUAUAUCCCUGACAUGACCUUCUCCGCGGUCGUUUCCGGCCACUCCUUGGAGGACUGGUUCAUGGGACUCUCUUCCGUGUCCUUCGUUUCACUUGUGGGCAGCUUUAACACCGCGCUGGUCAUGGUGCUGCUCAUCUGCGAGUCCAACUUCCUGAGGAACCUGCCGCCGCCCUCCAUCCAGCACGCGGUGCACCAGGUCUUGAACGGCAUGGGCGGGAUGCUCGUGAGCAGCUAUGUCUGGGUCAUCCUCUCCUUCUCGAUCUCCAGCGUGCUGUGGUUCGCCAUGGUGGUGGUCAUCUACCCGGAGCAAAUGCUUACCGCGCUGGCCUGCGCAGGCGGCUUCUUCGCCCUCUUCGCCACCAUGAUCAACGGCCUCAACAACACCAAGGACGAGCUGGAGCGCUCGCUACGGGAGGAGAUCCCGGAAGUGUUGGAGCUGGUGUGCGAUACCUUCCUGGACCAAUACGACAAGACCUCCUCGGGCCGGGGCAAGGCGGUGAUCAACCAGUACCGCAAGCUCGAGGAAGAGCUCGCAGAGAAGACGGCGGAGUAUGUCAAGGGCCGGCUCAAGGGCGUCUCCAAGCUGCAGGACGUGGUGGGAUCUGCCAAGGCGCCGAAGGAAGUGCUUGGGUCUCUUUUCAACCGCGCCCUGGUGAAAAGCCGGGGCUGGCCCGCCAUCUCUGAGCAAGAGGCGGGGAAGGAGACGAAGGAUGACAAGGGCGUGGAGACCACCGACUCGGUGCUCGAGUCCCUAGGCCUGCCACAGGAAGACACUACAGUGAUGCCGUACCUGGACUUGCGGAUGCGCUUAGAAGACAAGGAGAGGGAGGAAGGUGGCGAGAAUAUCCACAACUACGGCUCCGAUCUGCAGGAGAAGCUUAUGAAGGUCUACGUGCGAAUGCAGGAGGUGCACAUGGAGAUGCCUCCGGAUGUGGGCGAGGCGCUUCGGAACCCCAAGCGCCUGGCCAAGUGCAUGCACCGGGCCAACCUGGCGAAGUACAAGACGCUGGAGCGGGGCAGCGAGAAGGACGCCAAGUCCUCCUUGCAGAUUUGCAUUCAGGAUCUGAACCAGCAGCAAGUUGAGAAUCUGGACCUCUACAUGGUUGAGCACUUGGACGAGACCUUGAGCCAGGUGGACAUCUCGGAGAUGGUGACCCCGUUCGUGGAGACCACCAUCCCUGCGGAGGUGUCGAAGCAGGUGCGCUUUGCGCUGGAUGAGACCCGCCAGGACAGCUCCGCCCAGCAGCUCUUCGACUUGCUCCGGCGGAAGAAGAACAGCAUGCCCAGGAAGCAGGUUCGCCAGAAGCUUACGCUGAACCGGGUGGACGAGCCAGAGGGGCUCAUGGGCUUUUUGGUGGAGAUCGGAGUCGUUGAGAAGACCGCGGCCAGACGGAAGGCCUCCCAUCACUUGUCGCUGUACCGGCGAGUGGAGCGGCACGUCCACAUGUGGAAGCGCGAGGACGAGGAGGGCCAUGAGACCAAGGACCUGAUUGUGGACCCUAGCGACUUGGAGGAGUUCGUGCGGGACCUCGUGCACCAUCAGAUUUGGUGGGGUGCCAUGGAGAGCAUUCUGAAAAGCAUCGGCUUCCCCAUAGGCGAGGGUGAGAACCAGCUCAGCCGAGAACUGGUCCUCCGGGAGUACGAGCUGACAGCCAGCAAGGAUGGGUUCCUGCCACGGGACAAGAUGCUGGAUUUCUUGCGCAAGGUCUCCUGUGCCGGGGUGGCAGAUGGUGCGGCGGGACGGCUUUGGAAAGCUCAGAUGGUGAUGCUUUUCCAGCACCUGAACAUCUGCGGCUUCGUGGGCAAGGCCGUGGCCCCCCGCAAGAACAAGAAGGCGGCGGCGGAGGAGGUGGACAUCGCGGACGACGGGCUGCGGGAGAUGGCCAAGCAGACCUGGCCCGCCUGGAUGGAGAAGGCCUGGACGAAAGUGGCCCCAGCGGUGGCCUCCGACAACCUGUCCAAACCUUUCCUGCCCCGAACCCUGAUCUACAAGUUCGUGAAGGAGGUGGCCCAUUCCCGGGAGACGAGCAUCCGCAGCUACAAGGAGACCGGGAACAUUGCGAAUCUGAAGAUCAUCGACGAAGAGUACGAUUCUUGGAAAAAGGAGGAGGUAGACGGCAGCAAGUACAUUUGGGUGAACCGCGGCAAAGGCUUGCUGCGAGUGCGUGGGAUUUGGCUGGAAUGCUUCCUGGAUAUCUUGAAAAAGAUGGGCAGUCCCGUGCAGGAUAUGAAAGAGGGCCUCUUUCUCUUCGACCAGGCGCUGCAGGACCAGACGAAAGAGCUGGGCAUUGCAGAGGAGGAGAUCGAAGGCCUACUGUCCGCAGACUACCUGCAGCAAUGGAUGCACAAGAAUUUGGUGGAGCGCACCACGGAAGUUUCGCUGACGACUUUCAAGGAGGCGUUGAAGAUGGCUGAGUUCACGCUGCCGUUCUCUUCCGUGGAGGCGCUGUGGUACUCCGCGGACAAGGCGGUGAUCAGCGGGGGCAAGGAGCGCGCCUCCCUCCGGCAGGUCCGGGACUUGGAGGACCGCCUGGUGAUGUAUCUCACCAACGGCAUGUUCUACGAGUCCGUGCGGAACUUGAUCGUCAACGAGCUCCAUGUCCCGUCCUUGCAGUCCCUCGACGCCAAGGAGAUCCAGGCGGCCUUCAAGCAGGUGGACGAGAAGACGGGCUAUUGCGGCAUCAUUGACCCCCACGAGGUGAGCGAGCUAUUGCGGCUACUGUCGCAGGAGGGCAUGGACCUGCCUGUGGUGCAGCAGUCCUUCGAGCAGCUGAAGCUGCACCUGGACCAGGACGCCGUGCAGGACAACUUCAUGAUGGUGGAUACGAACUGUGACGACAAGAUCGACCUGACGGAGUUCUUGAGCCUCAUCGAUAGGCUGGUGGAUACCAUUCUGCCGGAUGCCAUCUUCGACUACAUGGGCUUGCAGCGUCACCAGAUCUUCCGGAAUGUCAUGCUGAAGGUGAUUACGAUCCUCACAAUGUUCCUCUUUGUGUUUGUGUCCCUGAACGCCUUCCACGUGGAUGUGGGGGAGAAGGCCGCCUCUGCUGGAUCCUCCACGAUCCGGGCGGCGCUCGCAGGCUUGGCACUGCUCGGCUUGCGCAACGACAAUUCCCCGGAGUACCUGGAGAAGCAGUACACCAUUGCCAAGGAGCAGCUCUACCGCAUCACUGGGGUGAGCCGAUCUCAGCUAGAGGCACGGCGCCGGACUGGCGCCCUGGGCGCAGGCGCUGCCGGCGCCGGAUUCGGCAAGCGCUUCGCCAGGCGCGGCGGUGGAGGAGGCGGUAUGCUGGGCAAGGAGGAUGAGGACGACGAUGGGGGCGACAUGGACUAGUCGCACCUUGCGACCGGAAAAGUAGAGAUCCUGGAUUGAUAGCUUGGGUCCUCUUCAAUCAAUCUAGCUAGUUGUUUCCCAAGGGCCUCGGCGAA